UUGCUUGAAGGUAGUUGGUACAUAGCCAGAUGUUAAUGACCUAUUGAUGAUUGUGGAGAUGAAGGGCAGGAGAUCUUGCGUGAUGGUCUGGAGCAUAGUUGAAGUUCCAUCCUGUUCCAUCAUGACUGAGGAGCUUUCACUGAAUUACACCAGUAGACAUGUACCGGAUAUAUGAUAUGAGGUGGUGACAUGUACGAUACGAUAUGAGGUGGUAUCGAAAAGAUUUUAGACUAGUUUUGUAACACACCAACAGGGGGCAGCACAAGGCUGUGUGUACAGUCACAGGGAGCACCGACCUUCAUGAGUCUGUGUGCAAAAAGACAUCGUCCUGUGUACAUCAGGAUCUGUGCAACUGGUUCCUACCACGUCAGCUAUUCUGACCACGUGCGCACCCUUUCACCGAGCUCCUUCUCACACGUGAGUUUCUAGCCGUAACUUCCAGACCCACCCUACUCCAGAUUUGGCUCUUGUGGACUUCACCCUCUUCCUGAAGAUGGAGAUCCAGCUCAGUGUUUUGACACUGUUACAGAGAUCCAGUGUCUAGGACGCGUUCCAGACGAACACUGGGGGCUGUUUUACUGUGCACAGGGACUGUUGUUAUUCUCUAAACUUUAAACUGUCCUGACAAUCACACUUUUACAUCAAUUUAAUACAUUCAUUAAUAGCUGCAAGGAUUAAAGAUUUAUCUCAAAUGACUGUAUUCCUCCUGAUGAACUUCAUCAAGAUUAAAGUAUAUCAAUAUAAAACCAGCAGCAUGUAGAGUCUACAUCUAUUUACAUUAUUAUUCUAAAUCAUUAUUUAUCAUAGUUAUUUAUAAUAUAAAGCUACUCUCCGAUUGGCCCGAACGACAUCUUAUUAAAGAGAAUAUAUAAAUAUUAAAUAUAUUUUCAACUGUAAAAAGAAAUGUAUAAAAUAAAUCAUUACAAACAAGAAGUCGAACUUCAGUAACGACUGUGACGUAGAUUCACUUCCGGUAAGCGGGAUGACGUAAGCACGCAGGUGGCCUUGGGAACGCGUUGCCGUGGAGACGCCUGCACGCGCCUCGAAGAGGAAGAAAGCAGGAGUGUUUAUUUGCCUCCCAGCUGAAGCCUCGAGAUAUAUAUUUAUAUAUUCAUAAAAAUUAAACUAAUUUAUAUCAUUAUUACAAAUAAAUAUCAAUAAUAUUUGUUUAUUUGCUCUCGCGACGUUUACACAAACCUGAACGUAAUGCAGGUUGAGGAGAACGGGAUGAAGGAUGACCUGAGGCUCCAGUUUCAGACCCUGCAGGAACAGCAGGUCCAGCGUCUUCAGAAGCACCUGAAGAAAAAGAAACAGACUUCCACCAGGCAGGACACUCUGAACCUGUUUGAGGACGAGGACGAGGACGACUCGGUGCCGGAGUGGUCUAACUCCGGCUCCAGACUGCUGAAGACGGAGAACGAUCAUCUCCAGGAGCGAGUCAGGGAGCUUCGGGACGAGAACGGGCGACUCCUGAAGCUCCUGACCGAAAAGGAGUUUGAGAUCAAGUUCCUGAGGAAGAAGAAGGAGGAGGACAGGUUGGCUUUAGUGGGCACAAUGGGACUGGCCGGAGAUGCAGCAGCAGUCAAGAUCGUGGAGCUCUCGAAGAAGAACCGGGAACUCUCAGCGGAGAUGGAGAGGGAGAAGGCCAAGACCAAGCAGUUGAACACCAGAGUGAGAGAUCUGGAGAGAGAGCUGCAAGAUACAGCAGCAUCAAGUCCAGGAGUGAAAGCAAACCACAAGCUGGAGCCAGGGAGCUCACAGCAGGAGGACACUCCGCUGGUGAAGUCUCUUCAGGAAAAACUGAACACGGCCCAGUUUAAGAUGAGUGAAUACCGAAACCAGAUUCAGGCAGUCAGGCAGGAGCUGAAGGUCGCACACAAGGUUCUGAGCAACGAAGUCGGGGACGAGGUGUGUAUCCAGCACAUACUCAAUACUCCAGGAAGCUGGAGAGGACGAGCACAGCAGAUCCUGGCCUUGCAGAACAAAGUCAAAGAUCUGGAACAACAGCUGAGCUCGGCAUCUGACAAAAAGCAAGCAGGAGAGUCCAGCCGAGAGCAGAGCAUGCUGGGAAAGGGUGUCCAUCAGAGGAACCAGGACAAGAACCAGAGCUACAUCCGCAACCUGGAGAGAGACAGGAAGGAGGCACUAGAGAAGCUGAAUGUGGAGUAUGAGCACAUACUGAGUGAACACGCUGAGGUGAAGAAGAAGCUGGAGAGCAGCAAAGCGAGGAACCAAAUCCUGAGUGUAGAACUCAAAACUCUCAAAACUCAACUGUCCACACUGACUGAAGGUCGUCAUGACAACGAGCUGAUCGAUGCACUGCUGAAGCAGCAGGCUCAGCUUCAGGCCGUGUUGAGUCGUAUGGGUCAAAAUGAAGGGAAGCGUGACGAUUUCGAGCAGAAGCUCGACAUACAGGAGGCUCAGAGACACAACGACCUGAUCAACCAGCUCAAACUGAUGCUGACGGAGAAAGAGGAGAAGGUUCAGGAGCUUGAGAGGGAGAUCCAGCAGCUCACUCUAGCUAAACGGGAGGCCAGACACACAGAGGUGAAGAUCAACCAUGCCUACCUGACGGUCAAAGAGGAAGGAGACAGGAGGCCCGACUCUGCCAGUUCGGUCUCAAAAAUGGGACACAAACUUGUCGAGUCGUCUCGGGCUCUGUCUCCUGGAAGCACCACCGAUCUCAGAGAACAGCCGGAGGCUUGGUGUUCCGCAUGUGCUGCUCGGCAGCUUCAGUGCUCCGAGUUUAAAGCGAUGUGUCAGGCGGCUAACGUGGAAAGGGACCGCCUGCUGGAGCUCGCUAAAGUACAACAGAGGAGAGAAACAGAGGCGAUGCAAAAGUUCAGCGAGGUCGAGCAGAAGUUUUGGGAUGAGCGUCGCCGCUGUGUGAUUCUGGAGCGUCGUCUGGAGAGGCUGAAACUCGAUCAUGAAAAAGCACAAAAAGUCAAUCGUAGCAGGACAGGGAGCGUAAACGUGUCUGAGAAACUGGACGAUCUUUCACCCAGAAGAGAUUUAGAGUCGAAGAACGUCGAUCAGAUCAGUGAACUCAGCUUACAAUUUGCUGCCCAGCAGGAGGAGCUGGACGUUCAGAGGUUAUCUCUAAACCAGGUCUUGAAGGCUAAAGAGGAGGACCUGCAGCUCUAUAGCACCAUGAUUAGCCAGGUCAAGCAGGUCUUCCUUCAGGCUCUCCGGCAGUACAAACAGAGUACAAAACAGGAAACGUAGCACAGUUGAUGAGUCUUCUCAUUUGAUACAUCUGUACUCCUGAGACGCAGAUGCUAUAAGCUGGAUCUGACUGUAAUUUCCGUCGUCAGGAUUCAAAGGCUCGAGAUCGUAGUCAUAAAUCUUUGACCAGUUGAUCUUCGCACGCAUCAGAAAGAUGUCUCUUCUUCUCAGAUCUGAGGUUCUGGGCUCCAGGUUGUAGCCGUCCAGCCCAGAACAUAGUUGCUUAUUCCUAGAUUCUUAGAUCUUAAGAUUCACCCCAGGACCCAACAUCUUAAAACGCAGGUCACAAACCAUGGCUUCUAGGUCUAGCAAUCUAACCAUACAUUGGAUAUUAGUCUUCAAGCUCAAAAUCAUAGUUGCUGGGCUCUAGAUUUUGGACUUGUUACUGUAUUCUAGUUUCUACGGCUUUGGAUCCUAAUCUACAGACCCCCAUCUUAUCUUAGCUACCAUAUCCCAGAUGUGUCAUCAUGGAUUCAUUCGUUCCUGCAAUCAAUCUAAUCUUAAUCUCUAGGUGCCUAAUCUUUUAUCCUCAGGACAUAUGUAGAGGCCAUUUCCCAGAUGUUAAACCAGCUACCAGGUCCCAGUUUUUAGCCUUAGAGCCUUGGAUUAGAUCUUCUACACCCUCCUGAUCAUGGCCUCCUCAGUCCCUAGAGCUCCUAAAUCAUACAACAGGUUCAUGGACUUCCAUGUUUCUGAGUACAGAAGAUGGUGGUCCUUGUUGAUCUGGCUCUGAUAAUGCUAAACGAGAUGAUGUUAAAUCUAUGCUAAUCCCAGUGUGCUAAUCGAUCGGAUCCAGGGCAGGACAUGAAGUCGAUAAGGCAGGCAUCAUGAGCCGAUAAGAGCUGCUGGGAAAACGGACAGAGGCUUUUACGGAACUCACUUCAGUGUCAGUUAAACUGAAAAACUGCGAGUUUGUUUUUCCUGAACUCUGGUGACAGAACCAAAAUAAAAAUCUGUCCAUGUCUAUAAAUCACAGUCAGAUAAUAUUUAUUUUUGAAAUGUUAUAAAUAUUUUCUACACUUUUCUGGCCCGCCGUUUUUCUGACGCACGUCGCGCAUCAUCAGCAUUUGGCUCGCGUUUGCCGUAAAUCAGAACCACAAACAAAACCCUAUAAAAAAAUUCCCAAAGAAAACAUCCUGGCUUUUCCUGUCCAGCCGAGACGCCGCGGUUUUCCCCGAGCUCGUGUUCUCGCCAGCUCGCGACGUCCUCACCGAGCUGUUCACACUCCAAAGAGCCCGCAGGUUCUCCGCCUUCCUGCUCGUCCACCUCAAACAGCUCGGGCAGCUUCACUUCCCCGCAGAGCCGCUGCGCCUAAUUUAACUUUGCGCUCAUCCUCAAGGGCUUUUUUUCGCCUUCCUGGAACCUGAGAGGCUUCAGCGUGAAAAACCCUGCAAAAGAACGGACCUUAUUCAUCUGCCCUGCACAGAAAGCUGCCUGUAUGUCAAAGUG